AUGGCAGCGGGUGUGACAGACAUCACCACCUACCACACCAUCUUCCUCCUCACCAUCCUGGGUGCCCUGGCCCUGCUCGUCCUCAUCCUCCUCUGCCUCCUCAUCUACUACUGCAGGCGGCGCUGCCUGAAGCCGCGGGCUCAGCACCGCAAGCUGCCGCUGCCGGGGCCGCUGGAGGCGGCGCGCCGGGACCAGGCCACCUCGGUGUCCCAGCUGGACCUCCUGUGCGGGGGCAGCCACCUGGAGACCGCCUCCUCGGGGGGCGACACCGACCUGCCCACCCCCAGCCUGCCCCCCUCGACCCGCGAGCUGACCCCCGCCCGCCACGAGGACUACGGGCGCCCCGGCGAAGCCUUCGGCCUCCGGGCCGCCCGCUCGGUGGACGGGCUGCAGCCGCCCGACGAGCACCCCCGGGGCACCCCCGCCUUCGCCCCGCGGCCCCCUUCGCCCUCGUUCUCCCGUUACGGGCCGCAGCCCAGCGAGCACCCGCUGCCCGAGCCCCCCCCGCGCCCGCCCUCGCUGGCCCCCCCCGGGCCCCUGCUGCUCUGCGGGCCGCUGGACCGCGGCGGGGGCCCCGAGGAUGUUUACCGGGGGGUGAUGCCCACCCUCCUCAUCCCCGCCCGCUACAUGCGCCUGGCCCCCGGCGAGCCCGAGGGUCCCCCCGAAGCCGAUGGGGGCCCCGGUUCGACGGCGGCCACGGCCGCGCCCCCGGCACCUCCCUCCUCCGGGCAGCCCUUCGAGGAAGGGGAAAACUGGGGCGGGGCUCGUGCCCCCCAACCGGUGAGCGGCUCGGUGGCCAUCCCGGUGCUGCUGGACGGGUCGGCGGUGGCCCAGCUCAACGGGGAGCUGCAGGCGCUGGCCGGGCAGCAGCUCCUGGAACUGGGGGGGCCGCCACCCCCGAGAGCCUGGUUCGUGUCCCUGGACGGGCGCUCCUCCCAGGUUCGACACUCCUACAUCGACCUGCAGGGCAGCGAGAGGGGCCCCGGCCCCGCGCCCCCUCCCCGCCUCCCACGGGCCGCCGGAGGCGGGGAGGAGGACGGGGGGCCCCGGCCCCCGCUGCCCGCAGCCUCCCCCGAGGACAGCUCGCUCGCCCCCUUGCUGGAAGCGGGCAGCGGGGGGCGGCGAGGGGGGGGCAGCGGGCGCAGCAGCGCCAGCGAAGCCCCCCGAGACUCCCUGACCAGCCCCGAGGAGGAGGCGCUGGCCGAGGCGGGCGACGGGGGCGACGAGGGGGGCGACCGCAAGAGCCCCUGGCAGAAGCGGGAGGAGCGGCCUCUGAUGGUCUUCAAUGUCAAGACAGGGGGGGCUGGCACUGCCCCCCGAGCCAGUGGUGCCUCCAAGCUGCCAUAGGAGCCGGGGGGCCCCUGUCCCCCCACCCUCAUCCCCCUUUGGAUUUUAACUCGUGUUUCUAAACGUUUUCUACGUGGUGAGGAUGAAGAGGGGUCAUUGGGGCCAGGCUGGCAGAGGGGGGGCCAUGGGGACCCCCGGGUGCCAGGCUGGGCAGGGAGCUGCUGCCUGCACCUGCCUGCACGUCCUGCCUGCUCCUUAGAGGCAUUAAUAUAUUAAACACACAAAAU